AUGCAGUUCCCCAAGUUUGGUGGCAAAAGCGUCGAGCACAACGACCAUACGGAUCAGUCCCAUCCUUCUACCCCGGAUUCUGGCUCCGAUGUUAUCGCCGAGCAGAAGGUCACCUUUGCCGCCUGCUUUCUAGGUCUUGUUGCCUCUAUUGGUGGUUUCAUGUUCGGUUAUGUCAGUGGUCAAAUCUCCGGUUUCUUCCUCAUGGAGGACUACGCCCAGCGCUUCGGUGAACUUCAGUCCGAUGGUUCCUACAUCUUCUCUGCUGCCCGCCAGGGUACCAUUGUCGGUCUUCUCUGCGUAGGCUGUCUCGUUGGUGCUCUCACUGCCGGCAAGCUCGCCGACACCCUUGGUCGCCGCCUGACCAUCUCCGCCUUCGCCUUCUGGUCUUGCGUCGGUAUCGUCAUCGAGAUCUCUUCCCAGUCCAAGUGGUACCAGUUCGCCAUUGGCCGCCUUGUCAACGGUGUCGGUAUCGGUGCCCUUUCCGUCGUCGUCCCCAUGUAUCAGUCCGAGUCUACCCCCGCCAUCAUUCGUGGUGUCAUUGUCUCUACCUACCAGUUGUUCAUUACCCUUGGUAUCUGGACCGCCGAGAUCAUCAACUGGGGCACCGAGGCCAAGGCCGGCAGCGCUUCCUGGCGCAUUCCCAACGGCAUCGGCUUCGCCUGGGCCCUGAUCCUCGGUGCCGGUAUCCUGCUUCUCCCCGAGUCGCCCCGUUACGCUUUCCGCCAGGGCCGUGAGGACGAGGCCCGUCGCACCAUCGCCAAGCUCGCUGGUGUUGAGCCCAACUCCCCCUCCGUCAACGUCCAGAUGGAAGAGAUUGCCGCCAAGGUCGCUGAGGAGAGUGCUGGAGCCGACACCUCUAUCUGGGAGAUCUUCACCGGUCCUCGCAUGUUUUACCGUACCAUGCUCGGUAUUGUGCUUCAGGCCGGCCAGCAGCUCACUGGUGCCAACUUCUUCUUCUACUUUGGUACUACCGUUUUCUCCGCCACUGGUCUCAGCAACAGUUACGUUACCCAGCUCAUUCUCGGCUCCGUCAACGUUGCCUGCACUUUCGGCGGUCUGUGGGUUGUCAAGAACUGCGGCCGCCGCAAUGCCCUCAUUGUCGGUGCUCUGUGGAUGAUGGCCUGCUUCUUCGUCUACGCCUUCGUUGGUCACUUCGCUCUUGACCACGUCAAUCCCCAGAACACUCCUCAGGCUGGCGCUGUUCUUGUCGCCUUCUCCUGCUUGUUCAUCGCCGGUUUCGCUACUACCUGGGGUCCUCUCGUCUGGGCCGUCGUUGCCGAGCUCUACCCUGCCCGCUACCGUGCUCCCGCCAUGGCUCUGGCCACUGCUUCUAACUGGCUCUGGAACUUCCUCAUGUCCUUCUUCACCCGCUACAUCACCGACGCCAUUGACUACCUUUACGGUCUCGUCUUUGCCGGCUGCUGUGCCGCGCUUGCCGUCAUUGUCUUCUUCUUCGUCAUCGAAUCCAAGGACCGCUCUCUCGAGGAGAUCGACACCAUGUAUGUGCAGCGUGUCAACCCCAUCACCUCGGCCAAGUGGAACGGCCACAACGCCAAGCGCGGCCACGAGUCCGCUUCCGCCAGCGAUGCCGAGAAGAACGAGGCUACUGCUUAG